UAUCUUGAGGCUGUUUACAACACAGUAAACUACCAAAAUGAAGACAAUGUACAUUCUUCUUACCAUUGGAUUUGGCUUUCUCACCAUUUCUCCAGUUGCAAGUGAAAGAAUGCAAAUGCAGACACCUGAAAGAGAUGGUGAGGUACCAUGGAAACUUCAAAUACCUGAAAGCAUGGUUACUGGAGGAACAGAUUCAAAUGGACAACCUCGUUGUGGAGUGACUGAUCUAAGUAACUUCAGUUUCUUGCCUGGAAUGCCUACUUUUACCAAGAAUGAUCUCACGUACAGAGUACGCCAAUAUACGAAUAAAUUGGGAAGGGCCACUGUGGAUGAAAUUAUGAAGCGAGCUUUCCAACAUUGGAGUAAUGUUACUAACUUAUCAUUUACAAAGACAGAAACGUUGUCAGAUAUUGAAAUCAUCUUUACUAUUCAAGACCAUGGUGAUGGAGCUCCUUUUGAUGGACGUGGUGGGGUUCUGGCUCAUGCCUUUGGUCCUGGAUCAGCCAUUGGAGGUGAUGCUCAUUUUGAUGACGCUGAGACCUGGGUAACAGGAAGUAACGGAAUCAACUUGGAGAUAGUUGCCACCCAUGAAUUUGGACACUCCCUGGGACUUGGACAUUCUGAAGUUUCAGGCGCUGUGAUGUUUCCCACCUACUCUUUUGUGAAUCCAUUUCAGCUUACUCCUGAUGAUGUUGCAGGCAUCCAGUCUUUAUACGGAGUUAAAGUUGUAACAACAGACGCUACAACCCAGACAACAGGCUCAACUGGAACCCAGACAACAGGCUCAACUGGAACCCAGACAACAGGCUCAACUGGAACCCAGACAACAAGCUCAACUGGAACCCAGACAACAGGCGAGACUACAACUGAUCAGCCACAGACGUGUGACCCAGAUCUGUUUGCAGAUGCUGCUAUUGUAACACGAAACCAUAUAAUUUUAUUCAAGAAUGGGUUCUUUCAGAUUUCACGUAAUUCGAGGAUAUUGCCAGUUAGUGGCACUUGGCCAAAUAUCAUGUCAAACAUUGAUGCUGCUGUUGCUGUUCCAUCCCGCUGGAGAUACUACAGAAGGAGAUUCUUCCGCAACAGACAGAAUAUUAUUUUCUUUACAGGAUCUCAAUACUGGAAGUUUCAUCGGACUUUACUGAGACCAGGAUUCCCAAGGAAUAUCACUGAUUUUGGUUUUCCAAGCAAUGUUAGUAAAAUAGAUGCUGCAUUGUACAUUGGAAGAAAAAUACUGUUCUUUGUAGGAGAUCAACUUUGGAGUUAUGGCAUACGACAAAAUCGAAUGAGCAGCAGCAGCCCGAGAUUAAUAAGUGACAUCUUUGAAGGAAUUUCCAAUGUUGAUGCAGCUCUUCAAAUUCACAGGAGAUUUUACCUCAUAACUGGAUCUUCUGUGCGUGUAUUCAACAGGUUUCAAAGGCUGAUAGCAAGUUUUGAACGACAACCGUGGCUAGGCUGUGAAUAAUUGACAUGUUUUUCUGCCACUUCGCUGUAUUCCAACACUUAGAGAAUGUUGCUUUGAGAAGAUGGAUAUAUAAUCAUAGGUAUUAAACAAAAUUAGCUACUCAACAAAGCUUAAUCACUAACUCUUUUGCAAUACAAUUGUUACAUUUUAAUUUGAAAUUAAUCAGCUGAUUUAAUUGCUCAAUGCAAUGCAUAACUUGUAAUAAGAGAAUGUCAACAUGACACUUAAGCAUUCAAAGUAUCUCAACAUACAUGGUCAAUGAAUGCAGUUUGUUUGUGUGUCAUUUUCACAUAAUUACACCGAAAGCAGAACAUUCAUGGAUUUUGAGGAAGAUGUUGCCUUUUACUAACCUAUAAAUUCACUUAUACCCUAAUAUAAUGUUCCAAUGUAUCCUGUUGAAAAUAAAGAAUGCAUUAAAAGACAA